CCCUAGUUGAUAGAUGUUUAUUUUCUGGGUUUAAAUGAUUAAAUAAUAACUUGACUGCACUUAUUGUGUUUUUAGUUAAUUAACUGCAGCUAACUUAACUAUCUUCCUUUUUACAUCGUGUGGCUUAAGAGUGAAGGGCAAAGCUAGAACGCAAUGCAGAUUUUUGUCAAAACCCUAACGGGUAAGACCAUCACUCUUGAGGUCGAGCCGUCCGACACUAUUGAAAAUGUCAAAGCCAAGAUUCAGGACAAAGAAGGAAUUCCACCAGAUCAACAACGUUUGAUUUUCGCUGGAAAACAAUUGGAAGAUGGCCGUACUCUCUCUGAUUACAAUAUUCAAAAAGAAUCCACUUUGCACUUGGUAUUGCGCCUUCGUGGUGGUGCAAAGAAGCGUAAGAAGAAGAAUUACUCGACUCCCAAAAAAAUGAAACACAAAAGGAAGAAGGUCAAGCUUGCUGUUUUAAAAUAUUACAAGGUUGAUGAAAAUGGAAAAAUUCAUCGCUUACGUCGUGAAUGUCCUGGGGAAAAUUGUGGAGCAGGUGUCUUUAUGGCAGCUCACGAAGAUCGCCAUUAUUGUGGCAAAUGUAAUCUGACAUUUGUAUUUAGCAAGCCUGAAGAAAAAUAAAUAAACAAAUAAAAAUUGCUUCAGAAAUCAAA